GCCCGCCUUCCGUUUCCGGUAGCACGGCGCGGAGAUGGCGUCAUCGGCGAGUGCCCGGCCGGCCGCCGGCGUGAAGACGCGCGAUGUUGAGCCGGCUUCAGGAGCUGCGCAAGGAGGAGGAGACGCUGCUCCGCUUGAAAGCGGCCCUGCACGACCAGCUGAACCGGCUCAAGGUUGAAGAACUGGCCCUCCAGUCAAUGAUUAGUUCUAGAAGAGAAGAUGAGAUGCCGUCUUCUCAACCUGCGCCUGAACAGUCACAUGAUCAGAUGUUGGUGCAUGUAGACAAUGAAGCAUCAAUCAACCAGACUGCACUGGAGUUGAGCACAAGGAGCCAUGUGCCAGAAGAAGAGGAGGAGGAGGAGGAGGAGGAAGAAGAAUCCGAUUCCUGAAGGGGAGAAGAGCCAGGAUUAGUUAUAGGAGUUAAGUUCAAAGCCUCAGGAACUUUCUCUCUUCAAAGAAUUCUUGCCAUGGGCUCUGUGGCCUCAUUUAAAAGGAAGCAAGAACUUUAGGAGGAUGUGUAGUUGUAAAAAUGGUUCCAUCAAUAACUCAAGUUUCAGAGUGCUUUAACCAAAAUUAUGACAUACAGAAAAGCAGAGAUGCAGUGUUUCAAUAUUGAGCAAUAUGGGUGGUGCUGUGUUUAUAUUCUGGUCAGAUUCAGUAAUUGUGUUCAAAACCAGAAACUUCCUCUGAAAUGCUAUUGAGAAGGUCUGGCAUUCGCAAAAAGGGCAGAGUUUAAAUACAAGCAAGCCUUUCCAAUCAAUGCCUCUUUUAAGAAAACCAAUUAAAGACUGUUUGCAUGCCAUUGAACCCUUGUGAGCAGAGCAUGGCCACAGUGUGGGAGAGAAAGAUGAAAAAGAGGACAGAGGGCCACUUGAGAGCACAAGCUGUUGCCACCUCUCCGUGACAUCGUAAAACUGCCUAUUAACAUGCUUUGUGUGGCUGUCACCACAUCUAGGUUGAGACAUCACUGUGGUAAAAUGUGCUUAGAAAUAAAGAUAGUCAUCAGGCAGCUUGCUGCUUUCCAGACAGAAACAGAGAAGAGGGUCAGUUCCUCUUGGGUGAACGAUACAGUAGGAUGGUUGAAAACCCAUUUCUGGACUUAGGAAAUGUGCCAUUGAAGAAGGAUCACUAGGCUUGGGAGGUUGGAUUUUGUAAUAAAGAGAUGAUAGUUACAGAAUAAGAGUUGUUAAACUUCAUAUUUGAAGUUGAGACUCAUUUCUGCGUACUGUCCCUUUUCCACUGAAUAUACAGACAAGUAGUUGCUUAAUUUUAUAAAAGUAAUUGGCCCUGCCCAGAAAAGCCAAACAAAACACAGCCUCCUCAAGCACAGCUCCUUACAUAACUGUUCCAGAGAGAGCACAGACAUAUUUGUUAAUAUCUCGUUAAAGUUAUUUUGAGCUACUCUUACAGGAAGUAGCCAGAAGUUUAAAUGAGCAUGUUUCUCGGAAAACACAGUGUGAAAAUUAUUUUGCAACAAAAAGCAUCAAGGUACACAUUUUGGGGUCUAACUUAAAAUAUGAGCAUGGGUUUUUAAGAGCUAGAAAAGUUGGGUAUGAAUUCUAGCUUGACCACCAACUGGUUGCUUGCUUUUCACCUUUGCAGCUCACUUUCCCAUCUAUAAAAUGAGAGUACUCAUAUCUGCUCUAGCAGUUUCACAGGUCCUUGUGAGACACUCACAAGGUAUCCUUUAAAAAUCCAACUAUUGGCAAUUCCCUGGCGGUCUAGUGGUUAGGACUCCGCACUUUCACUCCCUGGCGGUCUAGUGGUUAGGACUCUGCACUUUCACUGCCGAGGGCCCGGGUUCAUUCCCUGGUGGGGGAACUAAGAUCCUGCAAGCCGUGCGGCGGCUGGAAAAAAACACAAAUCCAACUAUUAUUGACGUCUCAGUAAGGAAGUUUGAGGAAGGAAUUUGGCCUGAGGAACUCAAAAAACACAGCAAGAGUGAUGUAGGGAACAUCAUUCUUGAGAAUUAGAUCAUUCUUGGUGAAAAGUACUAGGAAGAAAUCUUUUUGACUCUCAAAAUGAAAUAGCUUUGGAUGUGAAUAGAGGAUUUAAAACACCCCUCAAAAGACAUUGACCUUGAAAGCGUUCAGAUCCAGGUUUUAGGCACCAGGUUACCCCAUUCAUUAGUUGGCACACUUUGAGACAUUCUCAGUGGUGGUGACAUCGUCUCUGUUAGGAAAAGACCCUGGGAGUGAGUAGGGUGUGAGUAGGGUGUGGGUCUUAAACCUCAUCUGCAUGUUUGUAUAUUGAAAACAUGUAAGUUAGGCUGUUGACUUAGAACAGAUGUUAGCCUCGCAGUGAGAAAAAAAAAUGACUGGCUGAGGCAGCCGUGUAUAUAUAGCACUGACCAGUUUUUAAAAUCCUGGCUGUAUCUCAGGCUCUGGUAGAUCUAGAGUGGAACUACCUACUCAGGAGAUUUACCUAAGAAGUUCUGUUUUCUAAUUUGAAAAUGAAAUAGGCCUUUUAUUGUUAAAUAUAUAUUUAUUUUGGUUUUCUAUUACCUGCCCUCUCGAAGAAAAUGAGGGAAGGCAGCCUCACAUAUAACCUAAAUCUCAAAAGUUACUUUUCAAAGAAAGAAGGGUGGCCAAUUGGGACAUAGCUUCAUUUUCUUUGGCUUCACUGCCGCCCCACAGUCACAACAAACCCAGUGCCAGGCACUUGUCUCCUCUCCAGGAAGGUGUCUCAGGUGUAACUGGAGAGAGAAGGGAAGCCAUUGCUCAGUGGAGCAAAGCAGCAUGGCACAGUCCCGGGUGGAGGCUCCAGUGCCAGUCAGGCACCGGCCGCCCCCCAAUCCUACCCCCACCUACUGUUUUUCCCUUGUAUAAAAAGACGGAAGGAAUCAGUGGGAUCUUUUCACAGGUCCACAGGAAAAGUGGUUGAAAGAUAAGGGUGCUUGAUGAGAAGAACUGGAGAAAGUCCAAAGAUUAGAAUUACAGGAAGCCCCAUUAGUCCAAAGCACUGAACUUGUCCUCAGUGUGGUAUUUCCGCCUUCCAGCCUCCUUCCUGUCUUUGCCUUUUCCCUCUCAGUAAUGCGUGGCUGCUAAAUCUUUUGAUUUCUUGUGCACUACAGACACUGAAAAUCCCUCCACAGAAGUAGAAUUAUCUUUCACCCUUUGAAUUUGAUAGUAUAUUUAUUAGAAUAAGAGAUUAGAUUUGUUAAACAUCUGGAUUAAAAUGGUAAAAGGAUUUCCAUACAGUUUUUAGGCACUAUACACACUGUUGUUUACAAUAGCAUCAGUACUUGGAUUUGGGGAAAGAUAAAUCUCAUACACGUUAAUGCCUUGAUCCAUUUGUAACAUUCAGAGUAACUCCACCAUUUUAGAAACACUAAUCCAAACUUAAAGAGACAUAGCACUAAAUAUCCCACACGGUAUAUUUAAAAAUAAAUACAGAAAUACAACCAGAAGUCUACAGAUCAUCACAGUAGACAGACUGGUUCGCCCCAGCUAUCAUGGCAGUGAAGGGCUCUGGCUAGAUUUUGAUGGAAAUUGCUGAAUUCUACACUAAAAGCAAAAACAUAAUGAAAUAACAUGAUACACACUUUCUGAUGCUCAUUUUCAUAGCAGCAAAGCAUGCUUCACAUGCACUGCCUGUGAAGGAUCUUACAAGGCCCCUUCCUACUCAGUUGGAAGGAAGGUAAGCCUGGCAAGAAUGAAGUACCACCAAGUGUCAAAGAAUCCCGAAAAUACAGGCAGCCAGCCAGUCACGGUGUGGGAGAGCAGUGCAGUUUUCAGUAAGAAUGACUACCCAACAGUCACCAAAGUUUCACUGUAGUUCAACAUUGCACGUUUUGAUCAUCAGCAUACACAAAAAUAGCCCCAAGCACAAAGCCAGUCCACUUAGGGGAAUAACAAUAGUAAUAAGAAUAAAGAUGAUAAUAUUGAAAAUGACACGAGUAGAAUUUUGGCACAUGCUGUGUUCUUCAUCCUUUGUCGUAGGUGAAAUGCACAUCUGAACAGAGACAGGCAUGGGAAGGAGGCCCAGAAGCAACAUGGCAUGCCACUGCGCAGAGGACUCGGCUGCUUCCCCAGUGCUUAGAUGCCAGCCGCGUGGGUGGGUGUGCUGGGCUGGUUAAGGCCGAUGGUGGAGCAGAGCCAACCUGCAAAAUCCACUUCCUCAGCAUCAGAUCUCUUGAUAAAAGCAUGAACCUGUGUGUGAGGAGAUGGACAGAAAGUGUAUCUAAAAACCAAGGAGGGAAAUUCAAGAGUCCUGGGUCUGGAGGUGGUGCUGCAUUUGGAAGGUGCUCUGGGAGCCUGCCCUUGGCCGGUUGCAGGCCUAAAGCCCCGGCUCUGCUGGUCUUACCCUUCCCCAAGCCCGCUCUCUCUGAAAUGGAGACAGCCGCUCUGCCUGCAGUGCCUCGCAGACUUGUUAAAGGAACAAAGGAACUGAUGAACUUGAGAGCGCGUGCUACGCUGACCAGGCUCUACAUGGCAUGUGAGUUCAGACGUUUGCAGUACCCCACUCCUCCUACCACACCACCACGUAGGAGACAAGUAAAGUUACUUGGUGAGGGGACUGAAUCUAAGAUAAGCCAGUCAGUACUACAAAGAGGCCCUGUCCCCUUGCAGGGGCGGGCUGGCCCUUUCUUUCCCUGGACUCCCUCUGGCUGCAGGGUCAUCCUGGCUUUUCCAUUAAACUGAUAGGAGGACUGGGGAGAUAUGUUGGGUAUCCUGCAGGCCCCUGAUCAGCUGGACUACAGUGGUCAAGGCAGAGCAGGGUAUGGGCUCGGCAAGUACUGGAUAGAUGACUGACAGAGGAGAACAAAUGAGUAAGCAGGUGGCAGUGUAAGAAUCUGAAAUAAAUGACUUACCAUGAGUUGCUUCAAA